UAUAUGUAGCAUCUAUCUUCUCCAGCUCCACUUAAACAGACAAGAUCAUAGACAAGUCAUUGAAACUGAAAUGAGCGAGCGAGAGAGAGCGAGACAGAGAUGAAGGAGAAGAAGCCAUGCGAGCUCUGCAACAACCCCGCCACCAUGUACUGCGGGUCGGACCGAGCGAACCUGUGCUGGGACUGUGAUUCGAGGGUCCACGGCGUGAACUUCCUCGCGGCCAAGCACUCGAGGAACCUCCUCUGCCGCUCGUGCCAGAGCCCCACGCCGUGGAACGCCUCGGGGCCGAGGCUCUCUCCCAUAGUCUCGGUGUGCGAGGAGUGCAUCAACAGCCGUAGGGUAUGCGACGAUUAUGGCGAUUCGACGAGGUCUAGCCACGGAGAAAGAGGGGGAGACGACAGCGGUUGUGAUGGAGAUAGAGAUAGAGGCACGGCGGACAGCGACGGCGACAAGGAGCACCAGGUGGUUCCCAGCGGAUCAUCUCUGGCGGCACCACCGCCAGUGGUCACUAGCCCUUCAUCAAGCGAAGAUAUUAGAGCUUCAGACUCGAGUUCAACGGCGAUUUCGGGGAAGCGAUCGCGGGAGGAGCCAGAGCUCUGUUCUGCGUGAAUUUUACAUGACGAUGUUCAUUACCUGACAACUUUCAGGGGCUCAACCUCGAAUUGGAAGAAAUACAGGGUGCUCAUCAAAUGAGCUAGAGACAGAGACAGAGACAGAGACGCUCGUUAAGGACAGAUCAGACCAUGAAGAAACGGUUUCAAGAGUAGAAAGAACAAGCCUACCAUUUUGCCACCAGAUGUCUAGGAUGAACUUUUUGUAGUCCCUUAAGCUGUCGAACUUGUUUUCUGACCAAAAAAAAAAAAAGCUGUUGAACUUGUUCAUUGUUGGGGUUGCUGUCCUGUUUUCUCUAACUAUAGCAGAUCUGAAUGCGUUGUUGAUAGACCACCUCAGCUGAUCAUGUUUGUGGUAAACAAGUUUUUUUCUGCUAUUUUGUAUUCGGCUAGAAGGGGUGCCUUGGCACGACGGUAGAGUCAUCGCCGUGUGACCUAGCGGGUCACGGGUUCGAGUCUUGGAAAAAACGCCCCUCUUGCAAAAAUUGCAAGGUAGCCCCACCCGCCUUCGACCCAAAGCGGUCCGACCCUUCCCCGGACCGCGGGAUCUUGGUGCACCAGGCAGUCCUUUGUCUUGCAAUUUUCCUUUUCCUUGGUUCCUACUCUUUAGCCGUUUAUCCCUAGAAAGAGAUGAAAGCUAAAACCUUCCUGGAAGUGAUGUCUCGUAUGCAAUAUGCAUUGCAAUUCUGAUAUGGAUAGAUCCUUCUUGAUCCUUUUAUAUCGUACUUGUAAUUGAGUCCUUGUAUUUUUUUUUUUUUUAAUGUUUACAAUCGGGUUCUUUC